UCUUGGAACCAUCCACUAGUGACAGAUACAAAGGCUGUUGACCUACUGGUGAUAAAAUCUGUCGUGCUACUGAAGAAGGCACUGAAGUCCCAGGCGCGGAGUGACUGCAUACUCUGAACUCUCGCUGCCAGGAUGGGCAAACAGAACAGCAAGCUGCGCCCGGAGGUCAUGCAGGACUUGCUGGAGAGCACGGACUUCACAGAGCAUGAAAUCCAGGAGUGGUAUAAAGGCUUCUUGAGAGACUGCCCCAGCGGACAUUUGUCAAUGGAGGAGUUUAAGAAAAUAUACGGGAACUUUUUCCCUUAUGGGGAUGCUUCCAAAUUUGCAGAGCAUGUCUUCCGCACCUUCGAUGCCAAUGGAGAUGGGACAAUAGACUUCAGAGAAUUUAUCAUCGCCCUGAGUGUGACCUCGAGGGGGAAGCUGGAGCAGAAGCUGAAAUGGGCCUUCAGCAUGUACGACCUGGAUGGAAAUGGCUACAUCAGCAAGGCCGAGAUGCUGGAGAUCGUGCAGGCAAUUUAUAAAAUGGUUUCCUCUGUAAUGAAAAUGCCUGAAGAUGAGUCCACCCCAGAGAAAAGGACAGAAAAGAUCUUCCGUCAGAUGGACACCAACAGAGACGGAAAACUCUCCCUGGAAGAGUUCAUCCGAGGGGCCAAAAGCGACCCGUCCAUAGUGCGCCUCCUGCAGUGUGACCCCAGCAGCGCCGGCCAGUUCUGAGCCCGCGCCCACCACUCCACGUGUAGAGCUGCUUGUGUCCCCCUUUGAUUCUUCUUUUUAACCGAUUUUUUUUUUUUUUUGCCAAACGAUAUUGAUGGUGAUGCUGCCCCCUGUGCGGUCAGACGCGCUUCCCUCCGUGACGCCUUCAGCUU